AUGGAUUCACUGUCGAAGAAAAUACAAAAUCUAGGUUUGCAUGAUUUUCGCAAUGCUGCAAGGUUUGCCCAAAACAUGAUUGUUCAAUACGAACCUUACCAAAUCGAUAUUAGAACUGCAACAAACACCGAUUCAUGGGGCCCAACUUCAAAGCAUCUACAAAAAGUCAUCAGACACAAGUAUCAUGUCCCCGUAUACCUAAUGACAGAAUACAUUUUGAAAAGAUUAAUUGAUCAUAUAGCUUCAAAACCAAAAAAUUUCUACGAAAAGGCAAGAAAAGAAUACGUCAACUACGGUAACGAAUGGAGAGUAGUCAUGAAAUGUUUAAUUUUAAUAGAAUUUUUAUUAAUGAACGUAAGCGAUGGCGACGAAUUGCAUCAAGUUCUCACUUGUUUAAAAAAACAUAUACACAUAUUGUCAAGAGAAACUACAACUUAUAGAAUCCCAUUCUCUAACGAUGGCAAAAUGGAAAUCCAUGAACGAGGCAUCCAUAAGAAAAGCGAACUGAUCGUCCAAUUGAUAGAAGAUCCUGACUUUUUGAACCAACAAAGGUCAACCCAUAUUAAAAACACUCUCAAAAUCCGUAAACAAAAUGAAAUGGAUAUCUUAAAUGCAAACCAAUCAGCUACAAAUAGCAACGUCAGCGUAGAAGAUGAAGAAAGUGACGACGAGUUACAAGCGCAAGUAAGCUAUGAACAUAGAAUACACACUUCAGUGAAUCUAGACAAACAGAGAAAGCAAAGAAGAGAAAUCCUAAAGGAAAGGAUAAAAAACAAUGAAGAACAAAGACGUAAAGCAAGCCAACCAGUGCCUGAUCUAUUGGAUUUCGAUGAUAUACCGUCGCCUGUCACAACAUCAAAUUCAAAUGAUCCAACUGCAUCAUCAAUCAAUCCACCACAAGAAAGUGAUGACGAUGACGACGACGACGACGAAUUCGGAGAUUUCCAAGUGGAAUCGUCAACUACAAAGACAACUCCAUCGCCAACCCAACAAGUUCAAGAAACUGACAUCACAGAACCUACUAAAAUCCAAAAAAAUGAUCAAGAACCAAAGCAAAAAGUAUUGGACUUUAACGAUUUAUACCAAAACUCAAAAUCAUUAAUAUAA